AUCAACUAAACAGAGAAGGGAGAUCGCCCCCCAAACGGAGUCAACGCCCCGCCCAACGGUAACCGCCCACAUUUAGAGGAUCUCACUCUGUAGUGAUGUGUGAGGGUGUUUUGUGCUGAUUUAGCAUCGAUAUUAUAACCGAAGAAGUGAUUUUCAGAUUUCUGGACUGAAACUGCUUGAGAAAAUGUUUCACACAUUUUUGUUUUGUUUGUUCGUGUGGUGUCCGAUGGGUGUGUUUGGUGAUGAAGUGAAGUCAGUGUCAGUGAUGGAGGGAGAUUCUCUUACUCUACACAUUGGUACUGAAAUACAGAGAGAUGAUCUGAUACUGUGGAGGUUUGGACCUCAAGAGACUCGUAUAGCUACACUCAAUAAAGCAGCUAAUAUAAUCUCAAUAUAUGAUGAUGUUCUUGAUGAGAGAUUCAGAGACAGACUGCAGUUAAAUGAUCAGACUGGAGAUCUCACCAUCACAAACAUCACAACUCAACACACUGGAAUUUAUUAUCUUAUCAUCCUCAGCGCUAGAAAGAUCUCAUACAGAUUCAACGUUACUGUCUAUGGUGUUGUUGGUGAUGAAGUGAAGUCAGUGUCAGUGAUGGAGGGAGAUUCUCUGACUCUACACACUGAUAUUAAACUGCAGACAGAUGAUCUGAUACUGUGGAGGUUUGGACCUCAAGAGUCUCUUAUAGCUCAAAUCAAUAGAGCGGCUAAUAAAACAACAAUAUAUGAUGAUGAGAGAUUCAGAGACAGACUGCAGGUGAAUUAUCAGACUGGAGAUCUCAUCAUCACAAACAUCACAACUCAACACGCUGGACUUUAUCAAAUGAUAAUCAUCGGCAAACAGAAGACCUCAUACAGAUUCAAUGUUACUGUCUAUGUGUCUGCAGGUGUGUUUGGUGAUGAAGUGAAGUCAGUGUCAGUGAUGGAGGGAGAUACUGUUACUCUACACACUGACAUUACUGAAAUAAAGACAGAUGAUGAUAUACUGUGGAGCUUUGGACCUCAAGAGACUCUCAUAGCUAAAAUUAAUAGAGAAGCGAAUAUAAUCUCAAUAUAUGAUGAUGUUCUUGAUGGGAGAUUCAGAGACAGACUGCAGUUAAAUGAUCAGACUGGAGAUCUCACCAUCACAAACAUCACAACUCAACACACUGGACUUUAUCAAAUAAUCAUCAGCAGCGAACAGAAGACCUCAAACAGAUUCAGUGUUACUGUCUAUGAUUCAGAUUCUGUCAAGCUGUGAUCUGAUUGGUCGUCUCCGCUCUGGUGGGCGUGCCUGCUGUUGUUGUACUGGUUUAUGACAUCAGACCCAGAAGAGCUGAACAGGAGAGAUCAGAUCAGCAUUAAUGUCUCACAUGUAGAAAACAUUCACACUACUAAAAGUAUUUUAUAGCCUUAAGUAUUAAUUUUUUUCGCAUUGUUUGUGUGUUUAGAGGGCUUUAACAUCUUCAAACACAUUUAAUGUAAUGAUCUGUCAUUCAUUCAUCGUUUUUGAUCUGUCAGUUGUGUUUGUUGUGUUGAUGAUGUUUCUUCUUUAAAGGGGACAUAUUAUGAGAUUUUUUUUAAGAUGUAAACUAAGUCUAAAAUAGGUCUGAGCAAAAGUGUGCCGUUUUAGGUGUGUCAUUUAAAAUGCAAAUGAGCGGAUGAAGUGCAACCACUGAUCACAAUGAUGGUGGUUUGUUGCAAUUGAAACUCUAUUGUGCUGUGAAAUAUUCUAUCUCUCUCUUUCUCUCCAUACUAAAUGGUUGUGCUGUGGUUGGAUAGUGCAGAUAAAGGGGGCGGUAUUACCUUAUUCUGACAUCACAAUAAGGGCCAAAUUACAAUGACCUAUUUUUUCACAUGCUUGCAGAAAAUGGUUUACCAAAACUAAGUUAUUGGGUUGAUCUUUUUAACAUUUUCUAGGUUGAUAGAAGCACUGGGGACACAAUUAUAGCACUUAAACAUGAAAAAAGUCAGAUUUUCAUAAUAUGUCCCCUUUAAGUGUCUGAUAUUAAAACAUUCAGCUUCGAACAGAUCACAAGUGCAGAAUAUAUACUGUAUGUACUUACAUUUACACUU